AUGGUGGACCUGAAAGACGAGCAGCAGCAGCAGUUCCUGGCCAACACCAUCGCGGCCACCACUGGUGUGUCCAACUGGCUGGCCAUGAAAACCGCACCGUUACCCAUUCUGUACAGUGAUGGGUCUCCUGUUAUGGUGCCCCUACAGUGGUCAGCAGGCGAGCCUUCCUCCCCGCUGGACAUGUGUGUUCUCCUGGACAGCUCAGACAGCUACAAGGCGACGACAGCUUUCUGCACGGAACAGCACAACUAUGUCUGCCAGGAUGAACUCAAACCGUGUGAGCCAAACGUGUGUCAGAACGGCGGAAACUGCACCUCCUGUUUCGGCGGCUCCACCACCUUCUGUGACUGUCUGGAGGGGUUCGAAGGAAAACUCUGUGAAAUCAACACAGACGAGUGCCUGUCCAGCCCCUGUCAGCACGGCGGAACCUGCCAGGAUCAGGUCAACUCUUACAGAUGCCGAUGUCCAACCGGGUACAGUGGAGACAACUGUGAAACUGAAAUAGACUGGUGUGCCAUGGUGACCUGUCCGUUCGACUGGACCUGUCAGAAUCUCAUCACCCACUUCAGCUGCCUGGCACCAAUUGUCCGCAUGUUGGAGCCAUACAAGUGCAGCAGCGCCUCCUGCCCUGGUGACAUGUACUGCAGGGAGGACAGUGAAGCCUCCUUCUCGUGUUGGGCCAACUAACCAGCCGGAUUCAGACUGGAUCUGUGUUCAGUGAAACUUCGACGCCCACAUAAAAUUAGCCUAAAAUGUUGUACUGCAAUCAAAAUAUUCUUAGUGUGUAUAGCAGAUCUAAGAAUUUUUCCAGUGAAUAUAAAUUUUAGACGUUUCAUUAGCAUACAACAUGUAUUGAUAAAACAUAUAGAGGGAGUUUCCCCUAUAAAAGCCCCAACAAAUUUGGCUAGUGUAAACUAUCUGGCCUCAGACUCUCUCAUUUGCAGUCAUACCAAUUUGCAUUGAUGCAUUCUCUCUCUCUCUCUCAUGAAAGACAAAACAGCACAGAUCUUUUGCCAUAAGAUUUAUUCUGUAUCAACAACAAAAAUGUGCAGAUAUAUGACAACAGCCCGGCUGUGAUUCCCCUAAAUGCUACUCUACUAAAUCAUAACAUAAAACAUAACAUAUGCACUUAUAUCAGUGGUAAAGCUUCCUUAAGCAAUAAUUAAUGCAAACAUUUGGUAAUUCUUAUAACAGCCUUAGCAUGUAGCCUGGUGUGUAUCCUAGCUGCAUAUGCUUUGGUUUGCUCCAUCCAAUCCAUAGACCGUUUUCAAUCACUAAACUCCUUAUCAAUGACUGCUUUGUAAUCUACAAGCAGAUCCACGGUGGCGUAAUUAGUAUCAAACCCUCCGGUGCCCAUUUGACUCCCUUUGGACGGCUAUACUCCUAGGCCAGCUUUGAUACUAUCUUCUGGCACCGUAGGAUCUGCUUGGAGAUUAACUGCUUUGUUGGUUUCCUUGAUACCCUAAAUUGCACACAGGUUUCAGUGUUGAAUCAGCUGAGGUUAUGACUUCCAGUAUUCUUCUGUGACCUUGACACACUCAAUAAAUCAAGGUUAUUUGCGAUGGCAAGAUAGUCUUUCCAUGUCCCAAAAUGCAAAUAACUGCGUCUGCUUCAUUGUUGGUGUCCCUUUAGAUAUGAGGCCAUGAAAACGGUCUAUUAGAAAGAACACAAGCUGAACAAAGAUGACUCUCAGAUUGGCAGCAUUCCUACGUAGUUUGAAACAGUACAAGCACUCUAAAAUUCCUAUAUCCAACAUUUCCUUAUGGAAAACUCUCUUCAGCUCCAUUCAAAAGCAUCUUCAUCUCAUAAUAAAACCAUUUAUGGCAAAGCAGCUCCAAGACUUAA